UUUGCACUUUCCUUCCCUGUGUAACUGCAGAGUUUGACUAGUCUCAUUGCCACCACGUGGCGGGAACAAAGAUCCGUCUGCAUGGGAAGUCCAGCGUCCCUUUUCUUUCCUUAAAUGCAGUGUCUUAAAAGGAGGGCCAAGGAUAAGUUUGGACAGUAGUAGUACAAAUACUGCUGGGACCGGAGCUUGUGGAGUUCACUGGAGUGACACUAUUCAUUAUUUUUGGAGCUUAACUCUGCGGAUUACUUUUUUCCUUUAUAAUGUUUCCCCUGGAAGAGAUUGCAAACAGGACUUGCUCUGGUUACCGGAUUCAGCAUCCUCACACUAUCCUUUAUAACAUCUUGAGCAGGGGGGAGAUUGGCUACCUCAACAGCAAACUGAAGAGUAACGCUACAGCAAACAACUGCCACUGUGAGCAGAGGAGGACAGUUUGCCUUAAGGACCCAAAGGCCACCGGCCAAGUGGCCGCCGGCGUGCUGGAGAAAACCAUCUGCUUCGUGAAAAGUUUACCAUCGUUCAGUCAGCUUCCAUCACAAGACCAGUCAUCAUUGUUAAGACACUGCUGGGUUCCUUUAUUGGUCCUGGGGCUUGCCCAAGAAAAGAUAGUGUUUGAAGUGACUGAUGUGCCAAACUCAAGCAUCCUCAGACAGAUUCUGCUCGGAUCAGGACUCAAUGGAAAAGAAGCUGAUCUACCAACUCUGGCUGGAGUCCACAAAUUAAGAUCUUGCUUAUAUCAGCUGUGGAAUCUGGAUCUUAGUCCAAAGGAAUAUGCUUACCUGAAAUGUGCUUUGUUGUUUAACCCAGCUGUGCACGGACUGAGCGCCUUGUUGUCUGUCGAAGGCCUCCAACAGGAAGCUCAGAGAGCUCUCCGAGAAGCCGUCCACCUCCUGCACCCAGAGGACCACACUCGCCUCAGCCACGUCCUUCUAGCGGCUUCCAGCGUCCAGACCAUCAGCCACAACAUGGUCACAGAGCUCUUCUUCAAGCCAGUUAUUGGCAACUCAAAUAUGUUACAUUUAUUAACAUACAUGUUGUUUGUGCAAUGAGAAACAAGAGCGGGUUGUGAUAUAGACUUGGUUGAAAAGCACACAAAACAAACCUUUAGUAUCUUCUUCAGCUUGAUGAAGUUAUAGUUAUUGAGAAUUUCUUGACUCCUGUGCAAGCAUAACAAAA